AUGUACGAACCGAACAGGAAAACGCCUCGCUCACCUCCACCUUCAACAUCACGAGUUCAACUUCAUCCAAGUACCCCCGAAAUUCCCAUUCGCUGUUCUCCAAACCUUGCAAAACGAAUGCAAGGAGACACAUGUUACGUGUGUCACCAACAAGGACAUUGGUCUUGGUAUUGUCCUUUAAAAUCCCUCAGCCCCAAAAAGCCCCUCCUCUCAUCCCCACCCAAACACGAGUCCCAAGUUUCCCCUAUCAUGAUACUGUGUCGUUGUGGCCAUGGAUUUUGCGAGAUCAAACCCUCACACAGCGACAGGAACUGGGGCAGGAAGUACUACGCAUGCCCCAUCAAAAGGGGGGCAAAGUGUAAAGAUUUUGUGAAGUGGUGCGAUGAUCGCGUUGAUGAUAGUGAUUUGCAGCCUCCAGUGUUUAAGUAUCCUGAGUGUGAAUGUGGAGCUGGAGUGUGUAGAAGGGUUAAGGGUAGAGAGAACACUGAUCAUGCGUUUAAGUACUUUUUUGUUUGCCCUGUUAAACGGGAUCAUGGAUCUUGUGGUUACUGUGUGUCGGAGGAUGAAUUGCUUAAUAGAGAAAGCAUUGUUCCUACGAGGCAAGGAAGGCAAAGGUCACUUCUGGAUUUUUUUGAGGGACACCAAAAUGAUAAUACUGACAGUGACAUGGUUACUGACUUGGGGGAGGGAGAUGGUUUACUAGUACAGGCCAAAAGGAUGAGAGUCAUGGACAGUUAUGAGAAUCCCUUAUCGAUUGCCGUAUCCGAGAUUCCAGAGGAAGAAGAUGCAGGCGCAGCAGUAAGGGCAGCCACUUCAGAACAUGUUGGUUUUCCCGAAUUUGAGGUUGCCGAUGAUGAUAUAGAAUUUACAAACUCAGUAUCAUGGGAGAGCAUUGAGGCAGAAGCUCUUGUAUUAUAUCGUAUGUCAACAUCUUCAAGGAUCCAACGACAACAGAGAUUGUUUCAGAGGCGCAACUUUGUUGAUACUUCAUUUUGUUCUUGUCCAAUGGGUUGGCUAGGACGCCUUCUUUUCUUCUAUCCAACACACAGCUUGAAAUUCCCCACACCUGGGCCAUUUUUCUGCUGUGUUUUCCCAUCCUUUGAUCCAAUAGUUGUUCCUAAACAGACCAUUAUUCCUGAUGGUCCUUAUGAACACAACCAGCUUGCUAUUAGCAAUGUUAGUCAACAUACCCAACUUUCAACCGGUUGCCAUACUGAGGUUUCUCGUGAUGUAGUUAGUCCCGAUAAAUCACAGGGUGAAAGAAAGUCAAUUAUGUCAAAGGCACAACGGCAUAGAGAAGUGGUCUUGUUUACACAGCAACGCCUUCUCAUUGAUCUGGAGACCUUGGAUCCUCGCGAGCAUGAGUCCAUGAGAGAGGCAGCAGAAACAACAUUUGAAUUAUUAAAUAGUUUAGGAGUUUAUUAUAAACAAUUUUCUGAUCAUGUCAUGGACUAUAUCAAUUUUGCAUCAUCAAUUGCAGAAAUAGACAAGUCCAUGGAAAAUUCCCUUACUAUAGAGGAGCACAAUAAACUCUUUGAGGAGGAGAAAAUGAGAUAUUCUCAUAUCCAAGACAACUAUGCCAAGACUGAGGCUAUGCUCGAUGCAUCGAAUCACCACAAACAAUUGCUUUGUGAACAGGUCUCUAAUCUCAAGGCCAUGCUCCAUGAAAAGCAAAACCAAUUGAAAUCUCGUGAGUUGGAGACCUUGAAGAUAGAGAAUGAUCUUGGUGAUCUGAAAAGAAUUAUGUUGGCGGCUGACAUAACAUUGAAGGAAAGAGCUGAGCAAUCAGAAAUAGCAAGGAAACGAAGCGAAGAGAGAGGAGCAAAGCAAAUUGCAGCAAAGGCAUCACUGGAGAAGGCCAAACUUGAAUUGGAAAAUUAA